AUGUGCCAGAUCUUCAUCGCCCUCGGAGGCGGAGCACUCGUCAUCUGUGAGCAGCUGGCAGCGAUGGCCGCCGCGAGUCAUCAAUACGUUGCCGUCGUGCUCGCGGUCGAGGGGAUGUUCGCCAAUGUCGGUGGUGCCAUAGGUGGCACAAUAGCAUCGGCCAUGUGGACAGGCAUAUUCCCGCAGAAGCUGCUACAAUACCUGCCACAAGAGGCCAAAGCAGACUACAUCACGAUCUACGGUGAUAUCACUGAACAACUAAGCUACCCGGUCGGGAGUCCCGUGCGAACGGCUAUUCAGGACGCAUACGGCGCUAUGCAGCGGUACAUGCUUAUUGCAUCGACUACCGUCUUGAUCGCGGCCGUGGCGUCUGUUAUUGUGUGGAGAGAUAUCAACGUCAAGAACUUCAAGCAGGUCAAGGGCCGGGUGUGGUGA